UUAGCUCCGGUUAGUGCUGCGCGCGCAAUGUACUUAAGAAAAUGGCGCCAUUCUGUUUAAAAUACAAUUUAAUAACUCUUUAUUUCGUCACGCUUUUAAUUUAAACAAAACAAUCGUAUGUAAAUUGUAAAAUUAGUAAAUAUAGUUAAUAAUUUAUUGAUGCGGAACUCGUGUGAUUGUGUACGGUGAAAGUUGUAAUAAGAAAAGUGUAUUUUUGCUGCGAUUAACACACUUCGGAAUUAUCCAACGUACUUUUCGAGUAAAUGAUCGCGCAGUGUUGUGCAAUGAGACUGACUUUAGUGAUGUGAUCAACGAAUGAGUCAAGCAGCGUCGUGAUCCAAGAUGGCCGCCACAAAAUGGCGGACGAGCUGUCACCGGGUCGUGCUGAUCUGUGCGAUAUUACAGAUCGUCAAUGGUUACGAGGAGUAUUCCAUAUCUCAACUAUCACCAAAAUCAGUCACAGACAGAAGAGAACAUCUGGACGUGCUACGAACCAGCCAAGUUGAGAACCAGUUUAGAAUAGAACCUAGUAUUAACCAUGAAAACAUCGAAAUCCCAGACGAGGAAACCGUGGAUAUUGUAGAAACUGCUGAACCUAGUCGUGGAUCUAGAUCAAUAAAUAUAGAAGACAUUCCAUCAACAAACAACAACGAAAUCGACAACGAAGUAAAAGUCAAACGAAAAUACUAUCAAAUAACACCAACUAAAACUAUAGACUUUAGAGAUGAGGAAGAUAUGAUAAUGUCAUCGGGAUUCGGGGAUAAGUUAAACUUCAAAUUUCCGGGGGAAGCGAAAAGGGUUCCGCAGGGUCGUGCACUCCGACCCGCGGAACCCAAGAUCAAGCCUACUGCAGUGCAACCGAUCUUUGCGACAGUGAACCCUAAAGAACAGGGUAGGCAGAACACUGAAAUACAAAAUAUAAUUACAGGUAUUGUUAAAUUGCUGAAUGGUAAUGUAAAUGUUCAGGCGAAUUCGCAGCUAUUAAAUGGCAGACCCAGGCCAAUGGCAUCUAGAAUAAAUAACCGAGGACCUCCAAGAAUAUCUGACGUUCCACCGUUGGAAUUCGAUAAACCUGCCACCCAUUCUUUUGUACCAACUAAAACACCACCACCCUAUCCAUUUGAUUUACCAGCAAACUUACCUGAUCAAAUGAUUCCUCCGAGACCAGGUUUCCAUAGACCAGUUCCUCCAUGGCAAAGACGGCCUCGACCGCCCACCCGUCGCCCUAACCCUAGUCUUCCAGUCUACAAGCCUACAAUCCCACCGCUACCUGAACUAGACCUGAACGAGAACAACGAAGAUGAACAACAAGAACACGAAAACGUGUCGAUCGAAAUAACAACGGAAAUAAAAAACGUCACAGAAUCACAGACAGAAAAACCAACAACUGAAAUUAAAUUUACAACAGAAAGAGUUAAAGAGACAACGAUUGAAGUCAAAAAUAUUACAGAAAUGGUUAAAGAGGCAACAACAGAGAUUACUACAACGGCAAAGGCUGAAACAACGACAGAAACAGCGAAAAGUGAAAAACCAAAGAAAAAAGAAGUAUUCGCUGAUAAAAAGGAAAAAAUAAAGAAUGAUUUUGACAAAGUUAAGAAUGUAACUAUGGAAAUAGAACCGUCAAUGGUAGAACACGUUAAAGAAUCGACGCCUGCGCCAACUGUAGCGUUACCUAGCGUUGUACAUAGCAGUGAAUCUACAAUUAGUGAUACAGUUAUAAAGACUUCAUCGAUCAACACUCUUCCUAUAUCAUCGACGGAAAGCAUCCCAUAUCACCCGUAUCGACCGCGACCAGGUAUAGUCCUCGACGACCCUGACUUCAAACCACACGGCAGCCGCGUGAGAGAUGCGCCAGUCAUCACAGCGCCUCAGGCUCUGCCGGGCUAUGGAGAAAUUUUCGACGUGACUGUGUCUGCAAUACAAGGACCGGGGGAGAAGGGGGCAUCAGUUCACAUCGAAAACAUAAACAUUCACCAUGAUGACAUCAUAGUCUCACCAUCCGGAGACCAGGGCUUCGUCUCCAUCGACGGCAAGCGGACGUAUCUGAACCUGUUCGACACCAGCACUAGCAUUGCUCCGACAAGGGUGCAGACCUCCCUACAUACUGUUCCCAAGACCGUGGGACCAGUAGGUAUAGCGGUUCCAGCAGAUGACGUACAACAGCCCAUCAGGAGACCACCACCAAUACACAGGCCACAACACACAUACAAACGACCACAGCCCACUGUUCGAAUAGAUACUUGCAUUGUCGGCGAUGAUUCUACUUGCGAUCAAGCACAGAACGAGAAAUGUCGUACGGAAGCAGGUAUAUCAAGCUGCCAGUGUCGUCCAGGGUAUGCGCGGCGGAUCCACAGGGACCCCUGCAGACGAGUCGUGGCUCUCUUACUGGACAUAAGGGUGGACAGACUCUAUGACAGAAAGGUUGCGUGGGAUAGUAAGUUGGCCGACAAAGACUCGGAGCCAUACCAGCAGCUCAGCUAUGAGGCGGUCAGAGCGAUCGACUCAGCGUUCUCAAUGACUCCGUUCUCUGACGACUUCGUCUUGGGUUCCGUCAACUCUGUCUACAAAGACGACGAGAGCAGCGCUGUCUACGUCAACUGUACUGUACUUAUACAAGAAACAGCGGAGACAGUCCGUUCGUCGGUGGCCACCGAGAUCCAGAAACAACUACUGGGAGUCAUUCGUCGUCGUUCCAACAACGUUGGUGCUUCCGCGCUGUGGGUGGACUCUGUGGCGCGCAGUGUCCUGCCUCUAAGAGAUGUGGAUGAAUGCUCUUCAGCAGACCUUAACGACUGCCACAAGCUAGCCAGAUGUACCAACACUUUCGGAGCUUUCAAGUGCGAGUGCCCCGAUACGACUCUGGAUCCGUUGUUAGGGCAGACACACGCGGGGCGGCAGUGCCGCACGUGUAGCCCGUCACACUGCAGCGAACGCGGCGUGUGUCACUACAAAAACGGCAACAUACAGUGCACUUGUUCGUCGGGCUACUACGGCUCAGGGUGUGAGGUGGACGGAGAGGUAGUGGGCGUGUCCGUAGGUGCGUCGCUCGCCGCAGCUCUUGUCAUCGCACUCACACUCGCUGCGCUCACCGCUUGGAGCCGCAAAUGGAGUCGGGAACAGAAGGCCAUGGGAAUGGGAUCCCCAGUGUUCAACUAUAUGGCCAGCAACACCAUCAAAACUCCGCCAGUGGGUCUUCCGCCCUAUCAGGUGACAUUGGAGGAGAGAAUGCGAUGGGCUCAGAUUGCUGAGGCAAUGGCACAGGCUAAUCAUUAUGCGCCGACGGAACCCGCUCAGAUGUCGACGAGGCCUUCGUCGGCCAUGUUCGCUCCGUACCCCACGCUGCCGCCGGUACCAAUGCCCAGGAUGGGACUACAAGGCACUCACACGGGUACUCUGAAUACUUCACGGGCAAACACCUCCGCCUCACUCCACAAUAUCUAUGGCUACUCCAAGCAUAUGGCGAGCGAAUCAAGCGGAUCCGAAGCGUCCAGCCACGUUCAAGACAGAGCCGAUCUACUGGUACCGCGAGCCAAGUCUCGAUCGAGGAGUAUGCACAACCAAACUGGCAUAUACUACGACGUUGAAUACGAGAACGCACCAGAGCCGAUCUACGGAACCAAGGGGAUCCCCUUAUCCACAUACACCGUAACGAGAGGACCACCUUACUAUAGAACAUAAUAUUAAAGGAAUAAUGUUUAUUUUUGUAAAAAUAUAACUACAAUAUAUGUAGGAUUUUUUUUCAUUCUACCCGCAUUUGAUGACUGCAGCUCAAUAUAAGUGUAGCUUAGAGAAUGUAAAAUUUAUUUAAGAAAAUAUAAUUAGGUUUGAAACAGUUUUGUUUAUUUGAAUAAUCUAGUUUCAAAUAGCCUCAUGUUUUCAUAUACCUUUGCUCUCUCAGUUAAGAAACUGUACCAAGUAUUUGCAUGUUUUUAUUCUUUUUUAAGAUAACUUUUGUCGAAUUAAUGCAAAUUUAAAACUUUACCUAUAAUCACUUAACAGCAUAACAAUCAUAGAUUAAAAUCAUGAAAUUAGAUAGAUUCAAAUGCAUUUUAUUGAAAAAAUGAAAGGUUUAAUUAAAAUAAAUUUAUAAAAAUACAUUUCAUUUAAAUCUUUCUUAUCAAAAAUCUGAAAUUUAGGCUUUAUGACUUUGGAAAUACGAUAUAAACAAAAUUCCCAAUCGCUCCGAAAUCACAUCGAAGGCAUAUUUUUGUAAAGGGUACGACAAUGUGUCAUUUUAACACAGUGAAAGAGACACGUCGUUACGUAAUUUGUUCUUUAUAAGUAUCUCAGUUACGCCAUUUUGUAUUGUUUCUGUUGAAUGUAAUUCUGUAAAUGUUUCUAGAUAAUUCCUUGCUGUUGUAAAUUGUAUGACGAGUACUUACGAUAUAAUUUUUAUUCAUAUGAUACCGGUAUUUCAAUCCAAUUGCAUGAAUUGUGGCCGCGGCGGGACUGCGGAGGCGGCAAGUAACUCUUGCCACAUUGACACUUGACAGUAAUAGUACAUCAAUCUGUCCACAUGGCGCCUAAUUCGUUUUGUUUUUUUUUUUUUAUUUGAGCGAUGAUAAAAGUUUAAAAACAUAUAGUUCGUUGCUAUGCAUUAAAACUGCUUCCAAUUGCAUAGCAAAAGUAAUUAUUAAAGAUCGCGUCACUCUUCUAUGUUUUACGAGUAUAUAUUGUUGUUAUGCGUUAGAACAACCCAAUAAUAUCGAAUGAUUUAGUAAAACUAUUGAUGAAGUCUGAGUAGAGUAAAACGUCAAUAUUUACGUAAAAUAUUUGUAAUAAUUAAUGUAAUAUCAUAAUAUUUAUUUAUAUUUUUAAUACUAUUGUUAUAAUAAUCACGGACGAGUAAAAAAAGAAGGACUCCGCGCCGUGAUAUUAGCAAGUGAAGCACCGUUAUGCUAGUGUGUGUGCGGUUACGGGGGAUACUAGUUACACAAUUUUUUCUCCCUUAAAUAAUAUGGCCACAAAUACUUAUAUAGUAUUGUUUUUACACUUUUUCACAAC